GCCGCUUCGCCCCUCCCCACAUACCUCCGCUCCAGACCCAUUUCGGAGGCGCGGCCGACGCGCCACGCAGGAGGCUCGAGGACGAGCGCGUGCGUACGUAAGCGCGCGCCAACCCCAGCGCGAGGAGGCCCCGCCUUCCCGUCCCGCCCCCUCCGGCCUCUCCUCCUGUUACCCUCCUGGAGCUGAGGAUCCCGGCACCCGAGCGCACUCUGCGGCUAUGGAGGUCCCUGGGAGUCUGUGCAAGAAAGUCAAGCUGAGCAAUACUGCGCAGAACUGGAAUGCCCUCUUCCCCAGCUCCUCGGCUCAGAAGAGACCUGGAAGAGAAUCUUUUGGGAGUGAGCUGGCGGCUGCUGAAGCGUGCACCCCUGACGGGGGAUGCUGCCCGCAUCCCUUGAAGUGGCCUGAAGGUCUGCGGAGGAGGCGAAGGCGGGCGCAUUCGGGGAUGCAGAGAGCAACUAAUGUCACCUAUCAAGCUCAUCAUGUUAGCAGGAACAAGAGAGGUCAGGUUGUGGGGACCCGAGGUGGUUUUCGUGGUUGCACAGUUUGGCUGACAGGCCUAUCUGGAGCAGGAAAGACCACAGUGAGCAUGGCUUUAGAGGAGUACUUGGUGUGCCAUGGUAUCCCAUGCUACACUUUGGAUGGUGACAACAUUCGUCAGGGUCUCAAUAAGAAUCUUGGCUUCAGUCCUGAAGACAGAGAGGAGAAUGUUCGACGCAUUGCAGAAGUUGCUAAGCUGUUUGCAGAUGCUGGCUUAGUAUGCAUCACAAGUUUUAUAUCACCUUAUACUCAGGAUCGCAACAAUGCAAGGCAAAUUCAUGAGGGUGCAAGCUUACCUUUUUUUGAAGUAUUUGUUGAUGCUCCUUUGCACGUUUGUGAACAGAGGGAUGUCAAGGGACUCUACAAAAAAGCACGGGCUGGAGAAAUUAAAGGUUUCACUGGAAUCGAUUCUGAGUAUGAAAAGCCAGAGGCUCCUGAAUUGGUGCUGAAGACAGACUCUUGUGAUGUGAACGACUGUGUCCAGCAGGUGGUGGAACUUCUACAAGAACGGGAUAUUGUACCUGUGGAUGCCUCUUAUGAAGUAAAAGAAUUAUAUGUGCCAGAAAAUAAACUCCAUCUGGCAAAAACAGAUGCAGAGACAUUACCAGCAUUGAAAAUUAAUAAAGUGGAUAUGCAGUGGGUGCAGGUUUUGGCAGAAGGGUGGGCAACCCCACUGAACGGCUUUAUGAGAGAGAGGGAGUAUCUGCAGUGCCUUCAUUUUGAUUGUCUUCUGGAUGGGGGUGUCAUUAACUUGUCAGUGCCUAUAGUUCUGCCGGCUACUCAUGAAGAAAAAGAGAGGCUGGACGGCUGUACGGCAUUUGCUCUGAUGUACGAGGGCCGCCGUGUGGCUAUUCUUCGCAACCCGGAGUUUUUUGAGCACCGGAAGGAGGAGCGCUGUGCCAGACAGUGGGGAACAACAUGCAAGAACCACCCCUACAUCAAGAUGGUUAUGGAACAAGGAGAUUGGCUGAUUGGAGGAGAUCUUCAAGUCUUGGACCGAAUUUACUGGAAUGAUGGUCUUGAUCAAUAUCGUUUCACUCCUACUGAGCUAAAGCAGAAGUUUAAAGAUAUGAAUGCUGACGCUGUCUUUGCCUUUCAAUUACGCAAUCCAGUGCACAAUGGACACGCUCUGUUAAUGCAAGAUACCCAUAAGCAACUUCUAGAGAGGGGCUAUCGGCGCCCUGUCCUUCUCCUCCACCCUCUUGGGGGCUGGACAAAGGAUGAUGACGUUCCUUUGAUGUGGCGUAUGAAGCAGCAUGCCGCAGUGCUGGAGGAAGGAGUCCUGAAUCCUGAAACAACAGUGGUGGCCAUCUUCCCAUCUCCCAUGAUGUAUGCUGGGCCAACUGAGGUCCAGUGGCAUUGCCGAGCACGGAUGGUUGCAGGAGCCAAUUUUUACAUUGUUGGACGAGACCCUGCUGGCAUGCCUCAUCCAGAAACAGGGAGGGAUCUUUAUGAGCCAACUCAUGGUGCCAAAGUGCUGACAAUGGCCCCUGGCCUAAUCACCUUGGAAGUAGUUCCCUUUCGAGUUGCAGCUUACAACAAGAAAAAGAAGCGUAUGGACUACUAUGACUCUGAACACCAUGAAGACUAUGAAUUUAUUUCAGGAACACGAAUGCGCAAACUUGCACGAGAAGGCCAGAAACCUCCAGAAGGUUUCAUGGCUCCCAAAGCCUGGACUGUGCUGAUGGAAUACUACAAGUCCUUGGAGAAAGCUUAAGCUGUUGACCUAGUCACUCCACCUUUGACACUUCACUGAGUAACAAGAGGGGACCACAUAAUUACCGUUGGCAUUUCUUUGUGGUGGUGUCUGUCUGGAUACACUUCCUAAAAACAGAACACUUUCCUUAACUAGCAUCAGUUUUGGUCUGCCUUAUGAGUUUUAUUUUGAACUAGUGUAACAGUAAAAACUGCUGGUUUUAAUGUAUCUUUUCCACUUGUUAUAGUUAAUAUUCCUACAGUACAAUUUUAAAAUCUUGUCUUUUUAUAUUAUAUUUAUGCUUCUGUCUUAUGAUUUUUUCAAGCUGUUAUAUUAGUUGUAACCAAUAGUAUACACAUUCAAUAAACUUGGCUAGACUUUGGGGAAUUUUACAAGACAUCUGUAGCAAUUAGAUUUUCUUUUUCUACAUUGAAAAUAUAAACUGCUUUCUUCUUUCCUUCCAAUAAGCUAUUGAUCUCUCAGCUGUUGUAAUCUAUUCUUACGAUCUGUGUAAGCCCUGAAUGAACUUUAUUCAGAAACAUUAAACUUUUGGCUUCUUA